AUGGAGAUCACCGCGGUUUUCUCGGCGAUCUUCGAGCGGGCCGCGCAGCCGCUGAGUUUCGACGCCAUCCAGGCCUCGUUCCUCAAAUCCGCCUGGGAAACGCUCGUCCUCGACAGCACCGCGGGGAUCUCCGCGAUCCGGCGCGCGCUGAACGUCAAGGUCGAGCUGAACGCGAACCGGAAAAUAGUCGCGGGACUGGAGUUGCUCGAGAAAACCGCGGGGAAUCUGCUGCAGGAAUUGUUCGACCGGCUGCAGGCGCGCAUCCCGCUGGCCGUUUUGCUGUCGUGCGUGCUGAACCAGAACAGCGGGAACACAAUUCGGGAUGUGAGUAACAUUAUUAACAAGGUCAUUCUUUCCCUCCAAAUGGACAUCGAGUCCUACUCCAAUUUCGUUCGCAUUUACCGCGGGGAUUACAACGAAAGUCUCCAUCAGAAGGUCGAGGCGAUGAAACGCCCCUUGGUCGGGCGUUUCGCCAGCUGCGCGCUGUGCGGCGCGGAUUUUUUGCCAGAAAACGAGGCUAUUUCGGUGUUUGCUUGCGGACACUCGUUCCACGCCCGCUGUUUAGAACGGGGAAACCGGGGAAAUGGAGAAACCGGGGAAACCGAGGAAUGUCCGAUUUGCCGCGGGAAGAGGGAGGAAGUGCGCAAAAAGACGGUCAAGCAGCGGCUUUUGCCGGAUCCCGCGGGAAUGGAGGCGAGCGAAGGGGAAGCGAAGAUGGAAAAAGAAAAAGAAAAAGAGGCGGGAAACGAAGACAACGACAACAACAAAAUCAAAGUCAACGACGAGAUCAACGACAAGGUCAAGGUCAAAGACGAAGACGAAGACGAAGACGAAGUGACGCGAUGGCGGGAAUUCCAGAGAAAACGGCGGGAAAAGGAAGAGGGCUCGCUGCUGUUCAUCUUCGAUAAGAUGGGAGGCAACCAGCAGCAGAUGUUGAAAUUGCUCGAACCGCCUUCUUUGUUCUCCGCCGCUCCCGACUUCCCCGACAUUGAUCCCCAAUACUUGAUUGAAACGCCGCAGCCAGGAAGUCUGCCGAUCAAGCCGAAUUCGAAGGGAGAGUGCGUUCUCCUCUUUAGCUCUCCAUUUGCAUAA